GUCAGCAAAAUAUGCAAUAAAACCCUUCAAGUCUUUGGGCAGAGACCAUGCCUAUGGCAGAUCAAAGUCACGCAAGCUGUCCUCCAACACAACCAAGAUGUUGUUUCAAUAUCUGCGACCAGCUCCAGAAAAACAUUGACAUUUUGGAUGUCAAAAAUACAAACUUCAUUGAGCAUACUGUAG